AUUGAAUUUGUUUUGUGUAUUUAUGCAAUGUUUGGGUGGAAGUAGUUAUGAGAUUUUAUUUUAAUUUUUGACUAGUAUAGUUAUGAUUUGUGACUUUAAUAAAACACUUACUCUCAAAACUACUUUUAUUUGGUUAUCCGCACACAGUUUUUAUUAUUGUUUUAAUAAGUGUUAAGAUAGAGGUAACGGUGUCUUGGAAAGUUAUCAGGAUAGCUCAUCGACGAAGCCGUAAUGUGUUCCUGUGUUUCCUGGCGAGACAUUGGUUGACUGGAUUCAUCCUGGGAGCGUUGUUGGCUUCUGCGUUAUUGUAUUAUUCCCUACUGGAAAAUCGGCAUGCAGAGGGCGGCAACAUGCUGGGCUUCACCGGGCGGGAGGCGCGGCUGGCCGGGCGCGUGCGCGAGAUGGAGGAGCAGAACCAGCUCCUGCGGCACCAGCUGAGCGUCUCCCAGGACCACCUGGUGGCCGCCAUGCAGGCCGGCGGGGGCAACUCCUCGGGCCCCGCGCCCGCCCGGCGGCGGGGGCCGGCCGCCCGCUGCCCCACCCAGGAGGUGGAGGUCCCGAAGUGCGAGGUGAUCCACGUGGCCAUCGUGUGCGCCGGCUACAACUCCAGCCGCUCCGUCGUCACCCUCAUCAAGUCGAUCCUCUUCUACAGCAAGAACCCGCUCCACUUCCACCUGAUGGCCGACUCCGUGGCGCAGGUCAUCCUGCAGACGCUCUUCUACACGUGGAGCGUUCCUCAAGCGGAAGUGAGCUUCUACCUGGCGGACAACGUGGUGCAGGACGUGGCCUGGAUCCCCAACAAGCACUACUCGGGCGUGUACGGCCUCAUGAAGCUCACCUUGCCCAAGGUGCUGCCCGGAGCGCUGCGCCAGGCCAUCGUGCUCGACACGGACGUCACCUUCGCCACCGACAUCGCCGAGCUCUGGAGGAUCUUCGGCCAGUUCGGCCCCAAGCAGGCCAUCGGGCUUGUGGAGAACCAGAGUGACUGGUAUCUCGGCAAGCUGUGGAAAAAACACCGCCCGUGGCCGGCGCUGGGCAGAGGGUUCAACACGGGUGUGAUCCUGCUGCAGCUGCAGCGGCUGCGCGACCUCGGCUGGGGCCAGCUGUGGCGCCUCGUGGCCGAGAAGGACCUGAUCACCAUGCUGGCGACCAGCCUCGCGGACCAGGACAUCUUCAACGCCAUCAUCAAGCAGCACCCGCACCUCGUGCUCACCCUGCCCUGCCAGUGGAACGUGCAGCUCAGCGACAACACCCGCAGCGAGAUCUGCUACAACGAGGUCACCGACCUCAAGGUUAUCCACUGGAAUUCGCCGAAAAAAUUGAAAGUGAAAAAUAAACAUGUGGAGUUCUUUCGCAACCUCUAUCUGACCUUCCUGGAGUACGAUGGCAACUUGUUGAGACGUGAGCUCUUCGGCUGCAACAACACGAAAAUAUCGUUGAAGGAACGAGAGCUAAGCAAGCUGAACGAGGAAGACCCGUGCUACGAGUUCCGGAGGGCUCGCGUCAACAGCCUGCGGACGCACCUCUACUUCCUGGACUAUGACUACGAGCCGUCUGCGGACGGCAACGACGUCACGCUCGUCGCUCAGCUGUCCAUGGACCGCCUGCAGAUGGUGGAGCCACUCAGCAAGCACUGGGAAGGUCCGAUGAGCUUGACUCUGUACAUGUCUGAUGCAGAAGCACAACAAUUCCUCAGCUACGCUCUGAGCUCGGAAGUUCUCAGCACAAGGAAAAAUAUUGGUUACCACAUUGUUUACAAGGAAGGGAGUUUCUACCCUGUGAAUUUUCUUCGUAACGUUGGCCUGCAGCAAGUUAACACUCCAUAUGUUUUCCUAACCGACAUAGACUUCUUGCCAAUGUUUGGACUUUACCCGUUUCUAAAAAAAUCCAUCCAAGUGCUUAAUCUGGAGUCUGCUAAGAAGGCACUCAUAAUCCCGGCGUUCGAGACGCAGCGCUACCGGAUCACGUUCCCCAAGACGAAGGCGGAGUUGCUCAACAUGCUGGACAUGGGGACGCUCUUCACGUUCCGCUACCACGUGUGGACCAAGGGCCACGCCGCCACCAACUUCCAGAAGUGGCGGACCGCCACCACGCCCUACAGGGUGCAGUGGGAGCCGGACUUCGAGCCCUACAUCGUGGUGCGGAAGGACAUCCCCGAGUACGACACGCGCUUCGUGGGGUUCGGCUGGAACAAGGUGUCGCACGUCAUGGAGCUGCAGGCGCAGGGCUUCGAGUUCGUGGUCGUGCCCAACGGCUUCAUCGUGCACAUGCCGCACGCCCCCAGCUUCGACAUCGCCAAGUUCAGGAGCUCCGCGCAGUACAGGAAGUGCCUGAAAAUUCUCAAGAAUGAGUUUGUUAAAGACCUAAGUAAACGAUACAACAAGAAGUUUGACUUCGAGAUGAGCUAACAGGUGUGUAAUUAGGUCCAAUGCUACAUGCUACAGAAGCCUGCCAUCACAUAUCGGUUUUGAUAUUCGAGAAAACAUAAAAAAAAAAGAAA